AAUGAGUAGUAAAUAUAUACCUUCUAAUUUUAGUAGUUGUAGUUGUAUGUCAAUAUUUGUUUGUAUUCUUGGCUUCUGUGUUCUGUAUUAUAUUAUACCAUUAAAUGAAAUUGACCAGCUUUUCCCUGUCAUUAGACUCAUUACUUGUUUAUGCUUAUUGGAAAUAUCAGCUCUCUUGAAAAUGGUUGAUGUAUGUUAAAGUAGCUUAUGUCUAGUAUGAAGUAGAUGUUUUGUUGGUCUGCAUUGUGAUGUAUUGGCUUUAGAAAAUUUCGUGCAAAAGCUUAAGGUUCGUUGGCGUUUGGUCAGCGCGCAAAAGCAAUUCAACGGUAUGAGAUGUAAGUAAGGCCUAGCUUACGCAUCUAGGACUUUGAACUUGGAUAGAUGUAACAGGGUUGAUUCUUAGUGUUCUUUACCCUUGAAUCUAAUGUGGUUUCUUUGAGAAGGCACAAAUCUUUGUUUAUUUCUUAAAUUAGGUAGCGCAGGGUUUGAUAUAAUUGCUUUUAUGUUGGCCAUUUGUGAUCGGUAGUGUAUCUGCAUAUUUAGAGGAGAGGGACAUCAACGUAAGUUGAUCCGUGAUGUCGAUUUGAAUACCUUGAGUUUAGAGCUAUUGAACCACAUGUUCAUCUUUAUCACGUCUGCAUGAACAAAUAAUAGAGCUGAAGAGUAUUAUUAUCCAGUGAUAAUGGCGGCUAAAGGCAGCGAUUUUUGCCUGUUCAUCUUGCUUGGCAGUGGAUGAAGAUUGAAGCACAAGUAGCAUGUGAAGUCUUUGUAAUGACACAAACUUGAGUGUUGAAUUGACCUGGUUUCGUGCUUGGACUGGACUGUGUCACUUUUCGUGAGUUGAAAACAAAGCUCGAAUACAGGUCGACGAGGGCACGAGCAUCAUGUGCCUAUCAUUAUUUUUUGAACAAAGGGUCAACGCGCCCCCCUGAACUUGUGAAACGGGGUCACUUAACCCAAUUUUAACUUGUUUGGUCAAAUAACCCCAAAACUCUCUAAUUUUGGGUCAAAAUACCCAACUUUUGUAUUCCCAAACCGCGUGGUGUGCAAACCGUAUUGUAUUUUCUUUUUAUACUUUAAACUUAAACAUACCUGUACAAUACGUAUAAUUGGUUUAUAAAUCUAUUUUUUCUUUGACUUUGCAUCGUUCUUUAGCUAACAAAAUCCCCAAAUUGUAAGAAACCCUAAAAUAAAAAGUUCUUCAAUUCCACUAAAUUGAUAUCUGAUUAGCGAAAUUACUCAACUUAGAAGAAAAACAAGAAUGAGUUCAUCCUCACGAAGGUCUGGAAAUGGUGGAUUUUCAGCAACCAGCUGUGGCACAAAACAGGUUCCUGAUUUUAAUUACGAAGGUCCUAAGAGAUUUUGUUCUUGCAACAUGAUAGCUCCAAGAUGGGUUGCAAGAUCUGGCAAAAACUUUGGAAGGAUGUUUUAUUCAUGUUUUAUAAAGUAUCAGAGCAAGAGGAACCCGAGGGACAUGAAUGAUUAUAUAGGUUGCAAUUACUUUGAAUGGCACGAUGAAUCUUCCCCUCCUCAACUUAUUGAUUCAAUGACUGAAACGCAGAGAAAAAUUGCGGAAUUGAAGCUAGAGAAUGAAAGAUUAAGGUGUAUUUAUUGUGACAGGAGGUUGCAUUCACAGUUUAAUGAAAUGCAGUUGGAGAAUUUUCUUCUUAAAGAACAAGCUAAAGGUGCAAAAUCAGAAAAAUGGAAGUAUAUUGUCAUUGCAGCAUUGAUUGUUAAUUUGUUUGUGGUUUUUAUAGGUGUGAUUGUAAAGUAGAAUAUGAAAAAUAGUCAGAUUAGGUAGUUAGUUAAGUUGAGGUGUUGUUAGAAUGAGAAUGUUUUGUGUUUUAUGAGCAGGUUGUGACUUGUUAUUUUAGUAAGUUUGAAACAAUUAGGACUUGUUACUUUUGUAUGAAAUGUAAUCAAAAAUAACAAUUGAAAGUUGGCAUUCUUGCCAAAACAUAUAUUAAUACCGAAAAGUUGGCAUUGGCAA